GAGGCAGGAACCAUAGGGGUUAAAGGUCGGAAGGAAGUCACCGAAACUUCCGGCAGCCCUCUUGGGUAGGAGUUAUGGCUAAACAUCAUCCGGAUUUGAUCUUUUGCCGCAAGCAGGCUGGUGUUGCCAUCGGAAGACUGUGUGAAAAAUGUGAUGGCAAGUGUGUAAUCUGUGACUCCUAUGUGCGUCCCUGCACCCUGGUGCGAAUAUGUGAUGAGUGUAAUUAUGGCUCUUACCAGGGGCGCUGUGUGAUCUGUGGAGGCCCGGGAGUCUCUGAUGCCUAUUAUUGUAAGGAGUGCACCAUCCAGGAGAAGGACAGAGAUGGGUGCCCAAAGAUUGUCAACUUGGGGAGCUCCAAGACAGACCUCUUCUAUGAACGCAAAAAGUAUGGCUUCAAGAAGAGGUGAUUGGCAGGUGGCCCCUGCCUCCCCCAUCAAGCUGCUGCAGCUGCCAGAAAAGACACCCACAACCACGGGCCCAGCGCCUCACCGUACCCACCUGCUAGCGUGCUGCAGGCUCACCGCCUUUCCCUCCCCUCCCCACAGUGUGGGCUGGGGUGGGCUUGGAAGAGGAUUCUUCACCCAGGAAAGACUGAUAGAUUAGUUCAUGGUUUUUUUUAACUCUUGAGAAGCAAGCCUGUGUUCUCCACAUUGAUGUGUUCUCUACUCCACGAGCUGCUUAGCAGGAGUCCCUUUCUUGUGACAGGGUGCCUACUGUGAAGCUGCUCCCCCCCCCCCAGAGCUCAGCAUGUCCCUCAGCAGCUCCAGUGGCAGUUGUCCUCGACAACCCUUUGGGGUGUGGCAGGGAGCGAUCAGAACAGUAAAUGUGAUGCAAGCAUUUAAUCCUGUAACACCAGGUGGUGUGGGUUUCAGGUUAUUUUUCUUCUGAGACAUUGGAAACCCUUUCUGUUGCUAUCGUAUUAAUAAAGUUGGUGUUUAUUUUCUGGUA